UCCUUCCUCCCUCACAAGUUUCACAGAACUCGCCCCAAUUUCUCUGAAUCCCAAUUUCCUUUCAAUCUCAAACCCCUCUUUCUCGAUCCAAUCCCAACCAUGCAGAUCUUCGUCAAAACCCUGACCGGCAAGACCAUCACCCUCGAGGUCGAGAGCUCCGACACCAUCGACAACGUCAAGGCCAAAAUCCAAGACAAGGAGGGCAUCCCGCCGGACCAGCAGCGUCUGAUCUUCGCCGGAAAGCAGCUCGAGGACGGCCGGACCCUCGCCGACUACAACAUCCAGAAGGAGUCGACUCUCCAUCUGGUCCUCCGUCUCCGGGGAGGUAUGCAGAUCUUCGUGAAAACCCUCACCGGGAAAACGAUCACUCUGGAGGUCGAGAGCUCUGACACAAUCGACAACGUGAAGGCGAAAAUUCAAGACAAGGAGGGGAUUCCUCCGGAUCAGCAGAGGCUGAUCUUCGCCGGAAAGCAGUUGGAGGACGGCCGGACCCUCGCCGAUUAUAAUAUCCAGAAGGAAUCAACUCUCCAUUUGGUCCUUCGUCUCCGUGGAGGUAUGCAGAUCUUCGUCAAAACCCUAACGGGGAAGACGAUCACUCUCGAGGUGGAGAGCUCUGAUACGAUCGAUAAUGUCAAGGCGAAAAUUCAAGACAAGGAGGGCAUUCCUCCAGAUCAGCAGAGGUUGAUCUUCGCCGGAAAGCAAUUGGAGGAUGGCCGGACUCUUGCGGACUACAAUAUCCAGAAGGAGUCGACUCUUCAUCUUGUGCUCAGGCUUCGUGGCGGUAUGCAGAUCUUUGUGAAGACUCUGACGGGGAAGACGAUCACUCUGGAGGUUGAGAGCUCCGAUACUAUUGACAAUGUCAAAGCAAAGAUUCAAGACAAGGAGGGGAUCCCACCAGACCAGCAGAGGUUGAUCUUUGCAGGAAAGCAACUGGAGGAUGGCCGCACUUUGGCUGAUUACAACAUUCAAAAGGAGUCUACACUCCACCUUGUACUCCGUCUCCGCGGUGGUGAUGUUUGAGAAGGUUUCUUGGUGGUUCUCACAGUGGUGGUUUACUUUGUGUGGUAUAGUGGUGUCUAUGGAUUUGGUUAAGUUCUUUUCAGGGCAUCUGUCAAGUCCAUUUUAUGUUUUUCUUUGUCAAGACUGCCGGCUAUUUUCGUUUAUAAUAAUAUUUCUCUAGUUAAAUAAA